GCCAGAUAAUAAUAUGAGAUCUAUCACCGUCUGUCCAACCCCUUCCGUUUUCUCUUCUUCAGCACACGAUAUAAUGUCUGUCCCUUGCACUCCGCACUGAUAUCACAAUAAUGGCGUCGAGGUUCACCCAUUCCACGCUUCACCAGCGCGACCCUCGAGCUUCUUCGAGCCUCUUCGAUUCAUAUGGCGGCGGAAGCAGCGAGAGGAUGCGGCAGGGAAGCCGGUCGCCCGGCGGCAAAAUUGGCGGGUAUGGCUUCUCCGGAUCAUCAAAUGGACAUCUAGAUAGAGGCGGUUCUGCUGGGUCUUUUCGAGCUGCUACGCCUAAUUCGAGGGGCCAAUAUUCCGAUGCUGUUCUUGACUCGCUCGAGUCACAAAACGAAACGGAACUUCAAGGCAUGUCUGCAAAGGUGAAGAUGUUGAAAGAUAUAACCAUUGCGAUUGGUGACGAAAUCCGCGAGUCUUCUGCCCUUGCAGAUAAAAUGAAUGAUACCUUCGACAGCACAAGAGUGCGACUACGUGGAACCAUGAAUCGCAUGCUUGUCAUGGCUGACAAAACGGGCGUUGGCUGGAGAGUCUGGCUCGGCUUCUUCUGCGCCGUGUUCUUGCUCUUCAUCUACGUGUGGCUCUUUUGAAACUUCGAUCUUGAAUCUUGAAGUUCAAACAAAGAAACACACCGGGAAUGUCUACGAAUCAGGCCAUGAGUUUACGCCUCACUCGCGACGCCUAGAUAACAUCUAAUAUCGGAUAAUGGAGAAUAGGCAGUACCUAAUUAUUGCCCUUCCCCACCCUUGAGGCCCAAUCGCCUCCACUUCCAUCGAGGGUUUCCCGUAACGGAACCAAUAUUCGACCUCACGAGAUACCACUUCCUCUCCUCCCGACAACAUCGCACAAUAAACAAUGGAUAUCUAUUUUCCAACCGCGUUUUCCCUAACGACACUACCGUCCUUUAUAUAAUAUACCUUUGUCAACAUUCCAUCCGCCUCCCCUACACAUCAUCUAACAACAUCGCCGCUGCAUAUCCGGGAGUUUAUUAUUAUACGUGGAUUCACCUGCACACUCUUUUGCUGACUGGGGCCUAGGAAAUUCAAAUUAUAUGAAGAAGGAGAGGCAGCAAUUGGCGUUUUUUCAUUUAUACGCACGGAACACAAAAGAUGGGCUGUUUUAUUUCCAUAAAUGUACAUGUACAUCGAGGUGCUACUGGUGCUAUUAACGGAUCUUUUUUUCCCAAGUUCGACCGAAUUGCCUUUUUGUGUUCUGAUUCUUUUCUUUAUAUCCCCUUUUCACCUUGCUUCGGUUUAUUUUCCCCAUCUUGGGUUAGAAUUAAUUAUUAUUAAUUAUUGUCUUUCAGCUUUGAUCUUUUCAUUGUUACUUGCUGCACGAAUCUCUUCCCCUGCUGCUUGGGUAAACUUUCUUCUUUCUCGUCCUUCAGGCGCAGUCUAGCGAAAUCACUUGACGCAAAUGGCCCUAUUUUGAUGUAUACAUAGCACCAUUUUUAUUUGAAAGAAACAUCAGUCAUAGAAUUGGCGUGAUAUGAACUGUGGGGAAGGGAACUGUGUACUGUUGUUUUUUGUCUGGCGGGAUGUUUUGCUUUGAACGUGGAGCGGCAUGGGAUUUCAUUUUUCUAAUUAUUUAUCUUUUUCAUCCAGCGUCGGGAACGAGGAGAUAGUUCGCGGUGCGUUAAAUCUGCUGUCGGUGUAACUUAGUUUUAUUUGUUUUCUAAAUGUAAGUUCACACAAGGUGUGCCUACGUCAAUGAGAGUCGAUACGAGAAAAUAUACACGGUGAAUAGGUUUCAACGCCCCGGCCACAGCUCGAAUUUAAACCCAUGCCCAUUGUUACGUGCAGAGACCGAAAUAUGUCGAUUCAAGAAGGCAAGUCAGCGUCAUAUGUAUCAUCAUCUUGGUCUAAUUUAACCGGAUAAUCGUUAUCAAUCCGCCCAGUCCCUGGCCUCUUGAAUGUUCUUAGAGCGUAUAAAACAUGGAUAUCUAUAUCAGAACCUGUUGCACCAUCAACUCCUUGCUGUGCAGAGUUAAAAAAUUAACAGGAAAAAAAAGAAAGAAAAA